AUGUUAACAGCAAUAGACUUGCGAUUAGGUACAAAUACAACUUGUGACCAAGGUAUAAUUAUAACAGAUGGAAGUACAGUGAUUUGGUUUGAUUGUCGCGAUAACAACGAUUACUUACCUGAAACAAUAUAUGUCAGUACCUCUCACUUCAUACAGAUUCAGAUUGUGGAUAACUUAGGAUUUGCUGAUGGAUAUUAUUUCAUCUUAAUUGAAGGAGUUUCAAAUGGUGCAGAAUUGACAUUAUCUUGUGGUAGAAUUGCUCAAGUCACACCUUCUGUACCUUUCACUAGUUUACCAGUUUGUCCAAGUACCGAUGUAGCAUCAGAUAGUACAAUAAUACCGCCUGUCACUAUUACUGAGGUGUCCAUUAGUUCAGAUGUAUCAAUUUCAACUAUCAAAAGUACCAACGAUGAAUCUAUGACAAAUUCUACUGCUGCUGAUAUGGACACUUCAACAACUGGCGUCAAUACAGCUGCAUCAAAUACAGACGUGACGAUAUCAACAGACGUUUCUAAUUCUCAGGCAACUGUUUCUAAACCAAUGACAAUGAAUUCAACCAAUCACGUACCUGUCUUCCCUUUUAGCUUGUCAUCAACAGAAAAAGAUAUAAUUGAUAACGGAACCAUUACAACGAUAUCCUCAGUCAGUGAGAGUUUUCAAAGGACGUCUUCUAUUGUAUCUGAGCAAACAGCACCGAGACAUUUAACUUACGAAGAAUCGUCGACAAGCAGGUCUGUGACCAUAGGAGCUUUCUUUGCAGCGCUUGUGACUCUUGUCAUUUUUGUAUUGUUGAUACUCUACAUAUAUAAAAUAAAAGAAAGUUGUGGAAAAAAGGAGACGUCUACAAGUAAAGACGUAGAAGACACUACAUCAUGCCAUUCCAUCUUUGACAAUAAUUUGAAUUUCAUAAACAGACCCCAUGCUCGACAACUGCCAACUUUAAAGCACUGUCUUCAUGAACCACCUAAACAACUAACGGAAGAAAAUAAACCAAUAGAAGAAAUAAUGAAAACGCAAAAGAGAAACCCUCGAUUGGCAGACAAACAUAAACAAUCACAUCGGGAGCAAUACGAAGGAGCAGGAAUAGUUAAUGAAAACAAUGUCAAACAACAGGAGCAAUACGAAAGAGCAGGAAUAGUUAAUGAAAAAAAUAUCAAACAAAAGAAAAAGAGGAGGAAACAUAAGAAAUUCUAUAAUAAAAUAAAGGACAGUAAACUUGUUGAAGAGAAAAUAGCAGUCGUUGGUGUGUAUGCCUUUGCGAAAAAAUUGAGUACAUCAUGUCCAACAGAGGUCACCAUAUUAAAUGCUGCAGGAACACCAGAUUCCUGCUGUCAGUACGAUUCAGACGAUUGUUAUAUAUUUUAUGUUGGAUCGACGUACAGAAGUUACUACCAGCUAUGUAACGGAAACGCUUACUGUGACAUACAAGUAGCGGCAGUUACUACAACAUGUAAUCAGUUUGUGUAUUUAGCCAGCACUAAUUAUAUGAGCAUAUAUUACUACUGUAUUUCUGAUCAAGGUUUAGAUCCUUGCACGAAUUUAAAUACAAAAGACAGCGUAGUUUUCCUAUGGAACUCUGCAUACCCAUUGCCUUUAUCAGGUACUUCAACCUGCACAUGCUCUGUUGAAGCAUCAUGUGCCUCUAGAAUAAGAUUAAAAGCUAUAGAUCUUAGACUUGGUACCACCACGAGUUGUGACCAAAGCAUUACAAUAACAGAUGGAAGCACAGUAAUGGUAUUUGAUUGUAGUGAUAACAAUGAUUACCUACCUACCACAUUGUAUACCAGUACCUCUCAUUUCAUACAGAUACAGGUUGUUGAUAACUUAUGGUGGUCGAUUGAUGGGUAUUAUUUUAUCUUACUUGAAGGAAUUUCAUCCGGCGCAGAACUAACAUUAUCUUGUGGAAGUACAGCCAGAAAUACACCUACAGUACCUUUUACUAGUUUACCUGACUGUCAUAGUACUGAUGCCACAACAGUUAGCACAACGACGCCAAUCGUCACAACAGUUAGUACAACGACAUCAAUCGUCACAACAGACAGUAAAACGACGAUUAUUGUCACAACAGACAGUACAACGACGCCAAUCGUCACAAGAGUUAGUACAACGACGCCAAUCGUCACAACAGACAGUCAAACGACGCCAAUCGUCACCUCAGACAGUACAACGAUGUCAAUCGUCACAACAGACAUCCAAACGAAGCCAAUCGUCACAACAGACAGCACAACGACGUCAAUCGUCACAACGGACAGUACAACUACGCCAAUCGUCACUACUACCAAGCAAAACUUAGCCUCAUCUGGAUUUACCUCUGCAGAAAAAGACACGAUUGUUAACGGAACUGUAACAACAAUAUCUUCAGUCAGUGAAAGUCUUAUGGAGACUUCUUCUAUUGUUUCUAGGCAAACGACAGAAACAAAUAUGAGAGUCAAUGAAGAACAACCAUUCUUAUCCAGUAGCGUGUUUUUGAUCAUUGGAGUUACCACUGCAACUAUUUUAACGUGUGGAUUGGUUAUAUCGCUAAUGUUCUUCAGAUAUAAGACAAAAGGAAAUUGUGGGAAAAAGAAGGUUUCUUCAAUAAUUGACGAGGGAGAUAUUGCAAACAUACCUGAUCAAAUUCCGCCUAUAAAUCACUGUUUUACGGAAAGACACCAAAGAACUCUUGAUAGAAAUGAUCAUCAGCAAAUAUAA